UCACCAGAUAUCAGGAGUCAUCUAGCACUUAUAUUGAAUACGACAUCGUAAACUUCUCAAAUGUCAAGUUAAUCUUGGAAAGUUUGUGCAAACAAAAAGUUAAAUGUUCAAAUACCUGCAAGGAUAUAAGCAGAGACAUCUUGUUGCAAAAUAUGUUACUAUUAUGAAACAGUGAUAACAGUGUUAGGACUUAUAAUGAGUACUUUUGAAUCACCAAUAACCAGACGACCAAGUUUGGAACUAUGUUCCCACAGGAGUUGGAUACAAGAGGGGCAACAGAGAAGAGACUAAAAUGGCAGCAGGUUCGGCGGUGGCGAUGAUUGGCGCGAACCUGCGUUUCGGCACGAGCGCAGCGAACGCCACCCCGAAUGCGACGAAAGUCUUCGAAUGUCAUCCUGGAGGUGCUGCUGAAGCGGCACUGAUAUUCGCGCUGUCCGCCAUGGGAAUGGCUGCGAAUUUGGCGCUGAUGUCUGUAAUACUGGCCAACAAACAUCUCAGACGGUAG